AAACCAACCACCGGAAACAGGAAGACAGGAACAGAAAGUAAAAGUAUGUGAAUAACAUUGAUAUAAAGCGUCAAUACAAAUCAUAUCAAGAGAAUCAAAGUGGACAGUAGACCCGGUGGGAUUAAACUCAAAAUGAUGCAAGAGAAUACAAAGAUUGAAAGAUGCUGAGGAGACAUGAAGAGACUUUGUGUUAAUGUGUUUGGUCACAGUCAAUUAUCGCACGAUGUGUGGAAUGAUAGAGAUUCUUAUCUCCAUCUCUCUCUUACACACAGCCUUAUCCUCGGACAUAACGUUACCUGCUCCUGUAAAUCUGACCAUAUCAUCCCAUCAUUUUGUUCAUUUAUUGUCCUGGAGCAAAGGACCGGGCUCUCCUGAUGGUGUUCAUUACGCAGUCAGCAUGCGUAGACUCAGCAAUACGAGUAAGAUACUGGUAAAGGGUUGUGAGAAGGUGACAUCUCCUCUGCAAUGUAAUCUUACAGAAGUGUUUUCUGACCUGGAGGACACCUAUUAUAUCAACGUAUCUGCUGUCAUGGGGAACCACCCAUCAAGUCCUGCAGGCUGUAGUGUAUUUAUACCCUACAAGAACACCACGCUGGAGCCUCCGCUGGUGUCGCUCACAAACUGCGCAGCUCUGUCUCUCUGUGUGAACCUUCAAGCACCUUCUCCUCAUCUCCACAGCAUCUAUAACUCAAUAAAAUAUAGACUCAAGAUCAGCAUUGAAAAUGGAUCUGAGUUUUCUAAGGAUAGAGAGGGGUUAAAGAACGUGACUCUGAAUAACCUGACACCGGGACAAAGAUAUUGUGUGACUGUCAGCAUCAUAGAUUACAAAUAUUCUAGCAAGCCUGCAGUGUGUGAAUCCAUCCCUACAAGAGGCAACAUAUCAGUUUCAGAUGUAUUGAUCGCUGUCGUCGUCUGUCUGCUGAUGGUGCCGUUAGUCAUCUGGGUCCUUCCAAGACUUCUUAUUCACUUCUUCUAUCAGAAAGUAAAUCUGCCUGCAGUUCUGAGCUCCUUCCAGUGUCAACAUCAGAUUAAUAUUCUCCUCAUCCGUGCUGAAUCCAUCAGCGAACUCACAGAGGACACGGACAUCCUUCAGAAGAUGAAGCAGAACAGAGAGGAACACGAAGAGUCAGAUGAAGAGACAGAGGAGGAAAGCGUGACGUAUGAAACAAUAGCGACACAACAUCUCAAAGCUCAAGAUGCAAAAUCAUCCGGCUCUGGCUCGCUCGUGAACCAGAGCUCAGGAAGCCAUCCGUGGCUUUGCUCCUCCAUUGACGCUCCACUGAGCCCCAGCUGUAGUGUUAAUGAGGAAGAUAUUGCUGCGCUGACAUCCUCUCAUCACCUCCCCCAUGAAAGAAAGCCACUGUUAAAGUCAGUAUUUGAGGAGAGAGCUGAGAAUGAGGCUGAUGAUGAUGAUGAUGAAGAUAUUAACCUGUGUUCAGUGAUGUUAGGUGGAGUUCUGCUGGAACAGACCCACAGUAAUACAGCCGAACUUGAACUUGUGAUAAACCCGUCUCAUGCAAAGCCGCUUGAAACCGCUGCGAGCCGCUCCUCUCUUUCGGCCCCAUGUAACUCUCUCGAGAUUCACAUUUGUGACUCUGAGGAGGAGGAUGAAUAUUCAGGGUACUUGAGUCGAACCUAACAGUGAUUAUUCAUGUCUGCUAUACUAUAUAGAUUUUUAUACUCUAUUUUUAUAAUGCCUUCAUUUGAUAAUGAGGAUCAGGGUGAUUUAGUUUUAUUGUUUGUGUUUAGUGCACACAUUAACAGUUCUCCAUUUGAUAUAAACACACAGACAGUAUUCACAUCUAUCACUUGCUGAAGUACUUAAAGGUGCCGUAGAAUGUAAAACUGUAUUUACCAUAGAGACAGAGCGCAGCGCGUCAUAACCUGAAAACCACGCCCACCGGGGGGAAAA